ACCUUCUUCCUUUCCUUUAUCUCCUGUAAGCCCACGAGGGACACACAGUGGAUCUCUAAUCUCGGCUUAUCUCUCCCUCUCUUGAAUUCAAAGAAACCAUCACCAUCGAAUUGACGUUUCGUAAUUAUUAUGUCCUUACAGAAGGUAAACUACCCGCACAGCUGUUUCCCUGAACCGUAUUGUCGUCCCUGUGGGGAAGACCUUUGACCCAUCUGUGCUUUUUCUCGCUCCAGACUCUGGAUUUUUCAGAUAAAGUGUAGGAUAAGAUGAGACUGGAAGAAAAGAUAUAAGUGUUGAGAGUCCUGUGGUUUUUUAUUAGGAAGUUGUGAAGAAGUCAUUACAUGCAGUGGGGUUUUCCUCAGUUUUUUUCCAUUUGGGUUCUUCUCAAAAGGUGAUAUUUUUCUAUUUGUUUAUACAUCUUCUGGGUUUCGUUUUUGUUGGGAUUUUGUGAUGGUGGGUUAGAGAAUUUCUUCUUUGUUUUGGAAUCCCAUCUCUGUUUUUGAGGUCUUGACUUAUUAUCAUCAUGAUGACUGUUAGAAAAUUUGAUUUGCUCUUCUGGGUUUCGUCCAUCUUCUGUUUGAUGUAUGUUUCAUUAGGAUUUGAUCCUACAGACAACUAUCUGAUAGAUUGUGGAUCCUCCAAAAAUACUUCUGUGGGUAAUCGCACUUUUGUGUCUGAUAACUCUGAUUCCUACACCGUCUCAACCCCAGAACGCCUUUUCGCCAGCACAAACUCUAAUUCCAUCUCUUCCAACUACGAUUCAUCUCUGUAUCAAACUGCUCGAAUUCUCAAUGAAACAACCCACUACACGUUUUCAAUCAAGGCCCCUGGAUGGCACUGGAUUCGCCUCCAUUUCUUUCCGUUUGUUUACCAAGAAUUCAAUCUGAGCGCCGCGAAAUUCUCGGUUUCUGUAAAAAAUUUCACUCUCAUCAGAGAAUACCAGCCCCAGAAUGAUGCAGAGGUUAAGGAAUACUCUUUGAAUAUAUCUUCAGGGCCUCUGGUGCUCACCUUUACCCCUUCUGCCAAUUCAUUUGCCUUUGUGAAUGCUCUGGAAGUUCUUUCGCUCCCUGAUGGCCUCAUCCCUGAUGGAGCUUCAGUGGUCCACCAGCCUGGCAGUUACCAGAAUCUGGAGAAGCAGGCGUUAGAGACUGUAAUCAGGGUGAAUAUGGGCAACCAAACAGUCUUUCCCCAAAAUGAUACCUUAUGGAGACUUUGGAUUUCGGAUUACAGUUAUUUGAAACACAAUAAUCUUGGCACCUUUGUGUCGAAGGUGGAUAAAGUCAAUUACACAAGUGGGGGGCCAACUCAGGAUACUGCUCCGCGUUCGGUCUAUGGCACCGCAACAACGAUAAAUGAUGACUCUGAUCCCAGAACCAUGGUUAAUGUCACUUGGCUUUUUGAUGUUGAUCCUGAAUUUGAGUAUCUGGUUCGGUUCCAUUUUUGUGAUAUAGUGAGUUCAUCUCCAAAGAUGCUCUUUUUCAAUGUUUAUAUCAACGCCUUGGCUGUUGUUACGGAUUUCGAUCUUAGUAGUAGGACAUCAAACAUUUUGGGUGCCCCAUAUUACAUGGACGUCAUCAUAAAGAUGGGCGAUAGCCGGGCCCUCAAUGUAAGCAUUGGCCGAUCGACGGUGGAUUCGCGUCGAACAAUGGCCAUUCUCAAUGGUCUGGAGAUCAUGAAAAUGAAUAAUUCGAAGGGCAGUCUUGAUGUCUUGGACUCUGAAGUUAAGUCUUCAAAGACAAGCUCCAAGGUGAAAGUCUGGGUUAUGGUGGGCUUAGCCGGUGGGGUGCUGUGUACUGUUGCGGUUUUAGCUUUAGUUCUCUUCCUGCUGUGUAGAAGAAGAAGAAAACUAUCACAUGUCGGACAUUCAGUGCAGGAUCGGUUUGGCGAGAAUGGAGGAGGGAAUUUGCGUAGUAGGAACAUGGAUGGAAGUGCUAUUUUCUCCAUCUCGAAAAUUGGGUACCGCUUCCCUUUUGUGGCAAUUCAAGAGGCUACAGAUAAUUUCAGUGAAAAUUUGGUCCUUGGAGUUGGUGGUUUUGGGAAGGUCUACAAGGGAACUCUGGGAGAUGAAACAAAGGUGGCAGUAAAGAGGGGACUUGCUCAAUCCCGACAAGGUCUUGCAGAAUUUCGGACCGAAAUUGAAAUGCUGUCUCAGUUUCGGCACCGUCAUUUGGUGUCUUUGAUUGGAUACUGUGAUGAAAGAAAGGAGAUGAUAAUUAUUUACGAGUAUAUGGAGAAUGGCACCCUCAAGAACCAUCUAUAUGGCUCAGAUUUGCCUGCCUUGAGUUGGAAACAGAGGCUUGAGAUCUGCAUUGGAUCAGCAAGAGGACUUCACUAUCUUCAUACUGGUACUGCAAAGGCUAUUAUUCACCGUGAUGUUAAGUCUGCCAACAUUCUACUAGAUGAAAAUCUCAUGGCCAAAGUUGCAGAUUUUGGGCUUUCAAAAAUUGGUCCCGAGAUCGAUGAGACUCAUGUCAGUACUGCAGUGAAAGGAAGCUUUGGAUAUCUUGACCCAGAGUAUUUAACUAGGCAACAACUCACAGAGAAAUCCGAUGUAUACUCCUUUGGCGUGGUCAUGUUUGAAGUCCUUUGUGGAAGGCCUGUUAUUGAUCCCUCCCUUCCCAGGGAAGAGGUGAAUUUAGUUGAAUGGGCCAUGAAAUGGCAGAGGAAAGGCCAGUUGGAGGAAAUCAUAGAUCCCCGGCUUGCUGGUAAAAUAAAACCAGAUUCUUUGAAGAAGUUUGGGGAGACAGCUGAGAAAUGCUUGGCAGAAUAUGGCAGCGAUCGACCCGCAAUGGGAGACGUCUUAUGGAACUUGGAAUAUGCCUUACAACUUCAAGUGAGUGGUGAAAGAUCGAAUCUCAAUGGCGGUGAGAUGAGCCAAGAAGCUAGAAGCCUCAAUCGCUUGCCAUCUGGUUUUUCUACUGCACACUUCAGCAUGGGAAGCAUAGACGACAUUGCUGGUAUUUCAAUGAGUGCAGUAUUCUCUGAGCUGGUUAAAGCCGACAUGAGAUGAACCAAACAUGCUUCCAUUCCUCUAUACGAAGGCGAAACAUAAGGCCAGAUUGGCCUUCUCUGUGGAAGUCUCCUGAAUCAAGUUUCCAGCAAGUAAGGUGAAAUCUAUUUUGUACAGCAGGGGUGAGGAUUCAAGCCUGUUCCCUUGGCCCUUUUGAUUUACACACAGCAUCUCAAUUUUUGUAUGUGUACCUUGAAAUUUCCAUGGUUGAUUUGCUUGAGAUUGUGAUUCAUCACUAGUAAUACAGAACAUGAUAGUGCUUUUUCACAUAUUGUAGUAUCAGUCUGCAGGGUUUUCACUUUUUUGGUUCAGUUUGUUUGGUGAGAAGGCUUCUCCUUAAUUAUAUCCGUAUGCUUCCUGUUA